AUGGCAGCAUUGCGGAUGGUGGCGCUGUUGGCUGCCCUGGCGGUUCUCCUGCCUCUGUCCUGGGCGCAGCAAUUCACUGGUACCCAGAUGUUCACCAACUAUACAGGCCUGAGUACAGACUGCCAGCAGGCAUUGGCAACAAAUGUGACAUGCUCUCCGUAUCUGGGUAUUGUCUCGGAAAACAAUGGCGUCGUGACAGCCGAUCAGAUCGAAGAUGUGUGCGUUGAUGACUGCUAUAGCUCUCUGGAGGCUGCCAGAAGCGUCAUCGCGGCCGCUUGUACCCUCGACACAGAUAUCAUCGUUGUCGAGAACGUGGCAUACCCGGCUACAUUCAUAGUGGAUAACUAUCUAUUCACGUACGAGCUGUCCUGUCGAAAAGACAGCACCACGGGUGAAUACUGCGAUCCCCUCGUGGCCUUAUGGUCCAAUCAGUCUCUCAAUACUAGCCAGCUGUGCUCCGACUGCUGGCUAGGAGGGCUUGCGCUGGAACUGAACAGUCCCUUCGGAUAUGAUAGCGUUGUGGCUGUGAACUACGUAUCGCUGCUAUCCAGCUGCAAUGCGACCACGUAUACCUAUGCCACUCCGACACAAUACGCACUAAACGCCACAGCCACAUCUGAACCGGCGACUGUAAUAACAACUCCGGCAUCGAGCUGCACAGGUUCUUAUGAAGUACAAGUAGAGGAUACCUGUAACUCGGUAGCUCAGGCUCUCAACGUGUCUACGUACAGUCUACUCUACCUGAAUAACUUGGAUCUCUAUUGCCUGAAUUGGGCUUCAACAGCGGUCAACUCGAGUCUGUGUAUCCCACCACAAUGUGAUACCCACGUGUGGCAGGCGACCGAUACCUGUGACAGUGUGGUCGGUGGCUUGUCCAAUGUCACUAUUCCGCAAUUCCUGGCCUGGAACCCCAACUUCAAUGCUUUGUGCCAGAACGCCGUCAAUUAUAUUGACUAUAUGGUUUGCGUCGGUCCUCCUGGAGGCUAUCUUAAUCAUACCACCGAUAUAUCAGGCAAUUCUACAGUACAGAAUCCAACAAGUAUUACCUCCGCUGUCCCUGCGCCUACCAACGCCCUAAAUGGAUCUACUACAGAUUGUGGUCUAUGGUAUACAGUCGGAGAAGGGGAUAGUUGCAGUCUGGUUACUGUCGCCAAUGCCAUCUCCCUUGUGGACCUCUACUUCCUUAACCCAGAGAUUGACGCCAAUUGUACCAACCUUGAGCUCGGGGAGGCUUACUGUAUCGCCGCAGUUGGAGAUAUUAGUACCUACUCUGGCUACCCAGUCACAACGCCCUUAUUCACUGUGACAACAGCCAGCUUCCCCGCCGUCGAUACAUCAAUUCCCACAGCGACCAGUGAUCCGGGGUUCGUCUAUAUACCAAUAUAUCUCCCUACGGCCCCGGACACGCUUACUAACUGCCAACGAUACGCCAACUAUGAUAAUACCAUAUAUAACCUCAACUCUUCAACCGGCAGUGACAAUACCAGCAGCAGUAACAGCGGACUUGGCUCUCUCUGCUUGUCCCUUAAUGCUACCGAGUCUACCACUGUCUCAAACUGCAACUGCUUCACCGGUGUCAAUGGCUACGAUAAAGGAGAAUACCAAUGUGCUGAUAUUGAGGAAGACUUCGAUAUCACAGAAGCCCAACUCCUUACGUGGAACCCUUGGCUCGGCACAGACUGUGACACAAAUCUGUACGCUAAUCUUAACGAUACCGAUACUCGUGCCGUCUGUAUUGGGGUGGGUUCGAGCACGUCAACUACUGCCACCACAACCCCUAGUAGUACUACCGCUACUGCUACGUCGGUAGCCCUAACACAAACUGGAUACAUCUAUGGGUGCCAGGAGUUCUUUACCGUUGAGUCGGGAGAUGAUUGUUCGACAAUGGAGACUGAGUUUGGAGUUACUCUUGCCCAACUCUAUGAGUGGAAUCCCAGUAUUGGAAAAACAUGUACGAACCUUUGGCUCGGAUAUACCUACUGCGUCAAGGGUCCCACCGCCACGGCGAGUAGCUCAGCUGGUACGCCUACACAGACUGGCAUCGCGUCCAAUUGCAACGAAUAUUAUACAGUCGUUUCCGGGGACUCGUGCGCGGCGGUCGAGGGUGCGUUCGAAAUAACAUUUGCGCAGCUGUACGAAUGGAAUCCGGUGAUUGGGUCAGAUUGUCAGUAUUUGGAUGUUGGCUAUGCCAUUUGUGUUGGCGUUUCAUAG